AGCGUUCAGUUUUCAGUGAGCGCUCAGCGAGCGGUCGUGUUGUUAGUUGUAUGCAUAUCGUACGUCAUAUAAAUAUGAGAAUUGCAGUGAUUUCUGAUUUUUUGCUAUUAACGUGACGGCAAUUGAUUGCUAAAAGAACAUUACCAUUCAGUGACAAACGCGCAUGGUGAAUUGGUGAAGAAUUUUUCUGCGUGAUUUUUUUUGUUCACCGUUUGAUCCCCGGAGAGGUUAUGUGAUCGAUUCUCGUGGAGGUCAGUCAUCAACGGUUAGCAGCUGUGCAGUGCAGCAGGACUCGGCGUGUUACAAUUAACCAAAGAAUCGAUAACGAUUGCAGUGCAAAUACUGCUGUUCUACUUCUAACCGAAAUAUCCCCGAACGAUGAACAUGGCAGCAAGUGCUGGGCUUACGCGUCAGGAGAUUCUACUGUUGAUGGCGAGGCUGACGUGUGUCGCAGCAAUCGGCUUCUUCAGCAUGCGCUGGAUCAUGAAUCAGCUCGAUCCUACUAGAAGCACCAAGCAAAGAGCUAAAAAGAAGGCUCGCGAGCAGUUACGUAAAUUGGCAGAGCACGAUAGAUAUGGACGAUCGUUUGACAUGGACCAGUUGACGGAUUACGAGAUGAUAAUUGCGAAUCAUCUCGUGGAUCCGAACGACAUUAAAGUGUCGUGGAACAACAUUGCUGGCCUGGAUAGCGUUAUUCAGGAACUGAAGGAGACGGUUAUACUGCCUAUACAGAGGAAAGAGUUGUUCGAGGACUCGCAGCUGACUCAAGCACCCAAGGGAGUAUUGUUGUACGGUCCGCCAGGUUGCGGCAAGACGAUGAUCGCGAAGGCCACUGCGCGAGAGGCGAAGACGCGCUUCAUAAAUCUAGAUGUAAGCAUCCUAACUGAUAAGUGGUACGGGGAAAGCCAGAAGCUGGCCGCCGCCGUUUUCUCGUUAGCGGUCAAACUGCAGCCCUGCAUCAUCUUCAUUGACGAAAUAGAUUCGUUUCUGAGAUCGCGCAAUUCGCAAGAUCACGAGGCCACGGCGAUGAUGAAGGCCCAAUUUAUGUCUUUGUGGGACGGUUUAAUAACCGAUCCUGAUUGUACUGUGAUUCUAAUGGGCGCCACCAAUAGACCUCAGGAUUUAGAUAAGGCGAUCCUGCGACGUAUGCCAGCGACUUUCCACGUUGGUUUGCCGAAUGAGCAGCAGCGGUCGAAGGUUCUGCAGCUUAUUCUGAAAAAUGAGCCGAUCGCGGAGAAUAUCGAAAUUUCAACGCUGGCAAAGCACACGGAGGGCUUUUCCGGGUCGGAUUUGCAGGAACUUUGUAGGAACGCGUCGAUCUAUCGUAUCAGAGACUAUCUAUGUUCUCACGAUGCAGUCAACUACGAAAGCACCAAAACCGACGAAGAGUAUGAUGAAGAGUUCCACGAUACCGUGCGGCCGAUUACAAUGGAAGAUCUACUCAAGUCUUUUAGGAAAAUGAGAACGUCGAAACUGCACACGGGCACCCUCGGUGCGAGACAACUGGAAUUAGAUUAGGGGAGCAAUUUAAAUCUCUAUUAGCCGCGUUGUUUAAGACUGUACUCUUGACAGUUUUCCGCAUGUUGAAUAGACAUUACGACAAAUCGAUGACGAUGGGGGUCGUUCCUCUCUAUCGGAAAGUCGUAAUCGAGUGUCGAUUGAGAUUUUUAUCGAGAUACUGAAUAUAGCGCAAAUAAAAAUUAGCAGGUGCGGUGGUUCAUAAAUCUGUAUAGCAAACAAAGGACGUUGUAGAAACUUUUAUAACAAAAUUAAACGUCGCAUUAUGAUGUCAAGUAUGCGACUUGAAUGAAUAACAAGCCUGUCGUUUAACCUAAUUAUCUCUAAAUUCUAAUUUGCGUAUGUAGUAGUGAAUGCCACUUUCUUACGAUCCGUCGAAAGUCCUUAUUUCGUCGUAUAGUUAUAUGACGUAUUUACAUCCAAAGAUUACUCUUCAGUCAGUCACAAUAUUCAAAUCCAAAGUGAUUAAAAGAUUUGAAUACAGUUUUGCGUAGAAUUGAAACUGGUAGACGUAUUAAAAAAAUUAGCUAGGAAUCUGAUUAAGCUAUAAUGAUGUUGAAUUGCAAAAAAAGAAUAUUUUCGACUAUGAUUCGUGAAUUAAUAAUUAGGUUGAUGAUGAUGAAACUGAGAAAGGAUAACUUUUGAUCCGGAUUUGUUACGUUUAAUUAUAAAAUGCGACGCGAAGUGAUAUACAUAUCUUUUUAUUUGUCCCCGUCUUUCUCUCUCUCUUUCUCUCUCUCUUCUGAUACAAAUUGGGAAAGAAGAGGAUUAUAUCUUAUCUCACAAUUACGUGUAUUUAUAAGUAAUAUGCUUUUUUAUAUUAUUUUAGGUUUUUUAUAUGCCACACACGCGAACAUGCAUUUCUAUGCGCUCUGCCAUAAAAAUAAUGUAUUCUUAAAUUGCAUUACUUUAAUCCUUAAAUAGCUGGAACUGCAAAAUACAAUGUGAAAGAGGUAAUAGGAAUUUUUUCAAAAUGUGAUAUGAUAUUUGUUUUAUUUUUUAUAUUAUUUAUGUUUAGUGUUCAUUUGAGUAUGUAAGUUAAAGAAUAUUGUGACCAAUAAGGAUUAUAUUUUAUGUUUAGAGAAACAAAGAGAAGAUAUAUUGAAACGCGAUAUAAAUAUAUAAUAUAUAUUAUCUUUAUAAAUUAUACAUAUUGAAAGAAAUACCAAAAAGUUUUAUAUCGUUGCAGUAUUAUAUCCCAUUGUAUUACAGUUUCAGUUUUGCAACAGUCCUAAUCAUUCGUCAGUGUAAUAUAAAUACAUGUAUAAUUGUGUUUUUAUUCUUCCAGUUUCAUAAAACUAAAUAAAAUUGAUUAUUAUGCUUUUACGAACAAGUACAAAAUUAACAUUCGCUGUUUGUAUAUUUUAUGUCGUGUACAUAUAUGUAAAGGUAUAUAUAUAUAGUAUAUAUAGAUAUAUCAUGUGUAAUAUAAAACUAAGUUAGAAAAAUAUCUUUUUCCGGUCUUAAUUUCCUCAAUCAGCAAUUCUACCAUUGUUACAUAAAUAUGGAAAUUAUUUAGUCCUGUAAAGAUUUUAACAAUGUGUAACAAAUAUAAGGAAUAUACAUAUGAA